AUUUUCUCUGCUUCGAAAUCUCAGUCGUGAACAUAAUAAAACCUUUACCCAAAUCCUAGCAAUCGAUGAUUUUCCGGCGAUUCUCCGGGAGAAUUCUGCCGGCGAUUUCCGACUCUUGUAAACUUCAAUUCGAAGCUAAACGGAGUUUACGAUCUGAUGCGGCGCUCGAAGCCAUAACCAAUGCGUUAGAAGAGAAAGUACCAAACCUAGUGCUAUACAAUUAUCCCUCCUUCUCCGGCGCUUUCUCAGCUCUCUUCGCUCAUCUCUACCACUCUCGCCUCCGUCUUCCUUGUCUUAUCUUACCCUUUUCUUCCGUCAUACCCUUCAGGAUUGAAGAUUUGUGUUUGGAGGGGUUCGAGAGAUGUUAUCUACUUGAUUUUGUUGUUCCCAAAGAUUUUGCUUGCCAGAAAACAGCUUGCGAGAUCAUAUGCUUUGAUCACCGGAACUCGGCAUUGAUAAGGAUUGGCUCAAUAAAGGAAGAGCACAAGAAGAGGCUUAAGAUUAUUGUUGAUACUGAAACGAGUAGCUCAAAGGCUGUGUAUAAAUAUUUCUCCAGUAAACUCACAGAUAAAACAUCUUCUGAGGUAGAAGCUCUCAGUUUGCUAAGUGUAGAAGACAAAAGUCGGGUUGAAUCGGUUCUUGAUUACAUUGAGGAUAUCGAUCUUCGACGAUGGAUGUUACCAGAUAUCAAAGCUUUCAGCUUUGGUCUUAAGGAUUGGCGCUCAAGGAUCAAUUGUAUCACCAAUCCUUACAUGUACGAACAGUUGUUGAAAAUAAGUUCGGCGGAUCUCAUUGCUUAUGGGAAUUCGUAUUUUUCAUCUCGUCUUCUUGAUGCAAAGAAACUGCUAAAGCUGAAUAAAGCUUUCAAGAUCAGAUUGGGAAGAGGGUUAUAUGGAGAGUGCCUGGGAAUGCGCGCAGAUGGUAACCAUCAACUAAGCGAUGAACUUGGCAAGCUUCUUAGUCUACAAAGUUCUGCAGCUGGUCUCAGGCCAAUAGGAGCUAUUACAUUUAUGCAAAGGAAUAAUCUCAAAAUGUGCUUGAGAAGUACCGAUGCUAUAACCGAUACAUCCGAAGUUGCUAAGGCUUAUGGAGGAGGUGGAACAUCUAGUUCAAGCUCGUUUAUCAUAAGAAUGGAUGAAUAUAAUCAAUGGAUUUCGACGCUUUGACCAUGAAAAUACUCCUCCACGAGCUCAUAUCUAUGGAAUUUUGGCAUUGUGAAAGACAUUGGACUUUGGAAGUCAAUAUCUAGUGACAAGUUUGGUGAUCACAAAGGGCUGAUUGAUAAAGUAUUGAAGAUUGAAGAUGAAAGUUGGAUAGUUAAACCGUUUGAUUGGCGGGAAGGGGGAUAGUUUAACCGGGUUA